AUAUACUCGUCUCUCCCUCCCUCUCUCUCUCCCCCCGACCGUCUCCAACACUACUAUUCAGUUUCUUUUCCCUUCGACUCUCUCUCUCUCUCUCUCUCUCUCUCUCUCUCUCCCCGAUGGAUGAAUCUGUGAAAGAUCAAUCAUCUGCCCCAGCGAACACGGAGAAGUCGUUGUCUUCGUCGACGAAACUCAGGUACCCGCUGCGAUCUGCGACCAAACUGAAGGAAGAAAAGCCAUGGGCGGCCGAAUUGUCAAAUCCUUCUGUUCCCAAGAGAGGAAGACUUGCAUCAACUGUAAGUAAGAGCGUGAGUGUGCUUGAUGUCUCUGGAAAGGACAAAUCAGGGAAGCCUCCCAGAAGGCUUUCUAUUCCUUCCAAGUCCACUACCAGCCCUGUUCCAAGAUCUGUUGGCAUUAUUACUCCAAUUUCUGAGGCCAGAGCAAAAAGAUCUGAUAAUAGUCAAACACCACUUUCUGAUGUUUCCAAAUCGUCAAACCGAAGGAAGUUCAACGUUCUGUCAUCAGCAUCGUACUGGCUGUCACAGAUCAAGCUCUCUGAAUCUGCUGCUCAGCACUCAAUCUCACUUGGAUUUUUCAAACUUGCUUUUGAGGCAGGAUGUGAGCCUCUUCAAAGAAUGAAGGAUGAGCUGAACUCUUAUGCACGGCGACAUAGCUUGGCUGAACUUGGAGAAAAUGCAAAAGAACUGUUUGAGGGCUACAACAUGUUGCAAAACUUUGAGCAGUUGCAAGUCUCUGAAACUUGUUCCCAAGUGCACAAAGAGGGAACUCAGUCAUCUGAUGAUGAUGGACACAGCUCUUCUUCUACAACGGGGCCUAGGAAACUGAAGCCAAAGUCCUUGAACAAUUAUGCUACAGCUCAAGCUUCUCCAGUUAUAGGAUCAGCCAAGAAGGAUGCUGUCAAAAAAGAUAAUCCUGGAAUAAGGAACAGAGGAUCUAUGGUGAAGAAUUCUGCAAAUGCUAAAGCCGGAACAGAAGUUGCUGGGCGUACCAUAUCAAAGGCAUCCCAGAAGCCGAGUAAGCAAGUGCUUAAUCAGGAAAAGGAUAAGAUCAAGAAGCAGGGAAAGAAAACUAUUUGUGAACAAAGUCCAGUGAAUCCUUUGUCUACUGAAGAACCACUUCAAGAAAACAAAGAGAACAUGGAAGAUGCUCCCCAGAUGGAAAGGAUCAGCAUGAUUGAAGUCUAGCCAGAAUCCCGGACCAAGCAUGCUGAACUAUUGCAUAAUAACGUUUUGUCUUCAAUGUUUUUUUGUGAUGGCUGUAUAGGUAUAGAUGGUGCUUUGGGUGAAGUACUUAAGUGUGGUGAUGAAUUCACAUUUUUUAGUAUUUGUAUUUUGUUGUUGAUGGGUUAAUGGACCAUGAGUCCAGCAUUAUGAAGUUUUAAGUUGGGGAUUUCCGAUUGUAUGGAGUUAUGAAACAUAAUUGUUUCUGCUUGAUAAGGUAACUCUCACAGGCUUGAUA